AUGGGUUUUGUCAUCGAUACAUUCAUAAUCGUGCUUUCUCAACUCCUUUUCUUCUUGGGUGGCUGGGUUUUCUUUCUUCGUAAAUUGUUUAAAGAUUACGAAGUUCGUCAAUUGACUGUUGUAGUUGUGUUUUCUUUCACCUUUUCUUUGUCAUGUCUUAUGUUUGAACUUGUAACUUUCGAAAUUCUCGAUAUUUUGGAAUCCUCUUCCCGAAGGCUUCACUGGCAGUUCGUUUUAGUCAUCACCCUCUUCGAUGUUAUUGUGGUUUUACCUUAUCUUAUAUCCUUUUAUGUAACUACAAUAUUUGGAUUUCUUCCAAAUAAUUUAAAAGUAAGGUUAGGUAGUUCUCUAUUGCUCUUCGUCUUUUACGCGUACCUCUUUUGGAGGCUUGGGAUUUCGUUCCCUAUAUCCAGUCCACGUCACUCAUUUUUCUCUUUUGAGCCUUGUAUUGGUAGGGUUGGUGUCAUAGGUGUCACCAUAAUGGCGGUCCUUUCCGGGUUCGGUGCUGUCAAUUAUCCGUAUACAUGUAUGAGUCUCUUUGUUCAUCCUGUCUCUCGAGUGGAUAUUGAUACGGGCGAAAGGCGUCUUAUGCAAACACUUAACAUGCUUCUCGCCAAAAAACGCCGCCUUCGUCUUGUGGAGUUGGAGAGGAAAUCGGCAUUUAACGACAAUGGAUUCUGGGGAGUUAUACACGCAGUUGGAAAUAGACUUGGUGGUAAUAAUGUCAGUGCUCAAACGCUGCGAGAUGAGAUUGCAAGUCUUGAAGAGGUAGGUCGUCACAUUUUCUUGGAAUUGCACCAACUUCGCUGUGCUGAAGAGCGGAUACAAUAUUCGCGUACACUCAAGGGUCAAUAUUUUAACUGUCUUGGGUACUUCUUCUGCGGAUAUUGUGUGUGGAAAAUUAUUGUCAGCGUAAUUAAUAUCUUGUUCAAUCGUGUCGGUCUGCAAGACCCCAUUACGCGUGGGAUUGACAUAGCUGUGCAUUACUUGGGGUUCACUGUUGAUGUUCCCUUUUGGUCGCAACAAAUCUCCUUCUGGCUUGUCGGAGUCAUUGUGGUGACCUCCAUUCGCGGGCUCUUGCUCACACUCACCAAAUUUUUUUAUGCAAUCGCAAGCACCAAGUCGUCCAAUGUCAUCGUGCUUCUCAUUGCUCACAUCAUGGGUACCUACUUCCUCUCCUCCGUGGUGCUCUUGAGGAUGAACAUGACGGCGGUGUACAGAACGAUCCUCACCCAGAUCUUGGGAGAUCUCCAAUUCCAUUUCUAUCAUAGGUGGUUCGACGUCAUAUUCCUGGUCAGCACUGUAUGCAGCGCUUUCUUUCUCUACAUUGCCCAUAAGCAAGUGGCGGAAAGCACAUCAGGUCGGCUACUUGCUGACGAGGUCAGCUUUCACUCACAAUCCUGA